ACUGUUAUUGGUGUUUAUGUUAUUAGAUUUUAAAUAUGUGAAUUAAUUAUGCAAAAUUUGAAAAUAUAUUUAUUAGACAGUGUAUACGCAAUCUCUUUUAAAAUAUGACUUCCCUAAUGUUCAAGAAAAGGUGGUAAUUAUUCAAUUUAAAAUAAAAAUGGAAAUGUCGAGUUGGGCGUGGUUCACUGUAUUUGUAUUUUAUUGUACUAUUUCUGUUGGAGAGGCUUUUUAUACUAAUGCAAUUACAUGGUGUACUAUUAGUGAUGCUGAGCAAAGAAAAUGUAUUGACUUUUCCAAAGCAGUUAAUCGAACUCGUAGCGUAAAUGCUACACUUUCGUGUUAUCAAGCAGCUGACAGAGACCAAUGUAUGAAUGUUAUAGAAUCUGGUAGAGCUAAUUUAAUGACUUUAGACCCGGGUGAGAUCUAUGUUGCAGGACGCUUCAACAGUCUUGUUCCAGUUGUAUCAGAGCGUUAUACAAAUGAUGAAGAUGGAUAUUAUGCAGUAGCCGUUGCUCGCGAAUCUCUAACCGUCCGAAGUUUGGAAGAUCUUCGUGGUACAAAGGCAUGUUUUCCUGGAGUUGGACAAAUGGCUGGAUGGGUCAUUCCGAUAUCAGUUCUAAUAGAUCUCGAUUUUGCUCAUGUUGUUGACUGCAACAAUUUGAUUAAGACUGCAGCUGCUUUCUUCGGGCCAAGUUGUGCUCCAAAUUCCCUUAUUGACAAAUACAAUCCAACUGGUGAUAAUCCCAUGGACAUGUGCGAUCUGUGUGUUGGGGAUAAAACUACAAAAUGUUCAGGUAGCGAUCCAUACGCUGAUUUUGAUGGCGCUUUCAACUGUCUUAUCAGUGGUAGCGAUAUUGCCUUUCUUAAGCAUACUACUAUGGAUGAAAUGACAUCUUCUGAAGACUAUCGUGGACCUCGAAAGAAUCUCUUUAAACUAGUUUGUCCAAAUGGCGCUACUGCUAACAUUGAUUCAUACAAAACUUGUAAUUGGGGCUUUGUACCUGCACAUGCAGUUGUUACAUCUUCUGCAGCUUCUCCAGAGCAAAAGCGUUUUUACCAAAAGUUUUUAUCCAUGGCUGCUUCCAAGUUUAGAAAUCCUAGAUAUUCAUCUGGAAGUUUUAGAAGAGAUCCAUAUGAUGAUGUAAGCAAUGAUCCUGAAGGUUUUCAGCUAUUUGGAACUUAUGAUAAGUACAAUGAAAGAAAUCUUCUCUUUCAAGAUCUCACUGUCGAUCUUGUUCCUCUAGAAGAAAGGCAACAGACCUUCACUGGGUACUUGGGUAACAUGGAGAAAAAUUUUCAUCAAAAAUUACAAAAAUGUCCUAUCCCACCAGCAAGGUUGUGUGUUGUUUCUGAUCAAGAAAUGAAGAAAUGUCAAAAAAUGAAGACAGCAUUUAAAGCUAAGAUGUUAAGGCCAGAUUUAGUAUGCGUAAAAGGAUUUAGUCAAAUGAAAUGCAUGCAAAUGAUAAAUGAAAAUGCUGCUGAUCUAGUAGUACUUGAUGCUGGUGAAAUUUACAAAGCUGGGCAAAAGUACAAUUUAAUGCCAAUUAUUGCUGAACAGUAUGACUUGGAAGAACCUGCUUAUUAUGUGAUUGCAGUGGCCAAAACUCCAGAUAAAGAUACUGAUUUAUUGUAUUUAAAAGGUAAAAAAUCUUGUCACACAGGUAUUGGAAUGGCUGCCGGUUGGGUCGUACCCAUGAGCUUCCUUCUUUCCAGUGAAAGAAUGCGAUCGUAUGGCUGUGAUUCAGCUCAUGCUGCUGCAGAAUUUUUUCAAAAAAGUUGUGUCCCAGGGGCUUUAUCUAGAGAAUAUACAGUUGGAGAUGUAGAUUAUACAACACUUUGUGAUUUAUGUCAUGGAGUUAGUUCUUAUUAUUGCUCAAAAAGCUCUCAGGAGCCAUUUUAUGGCCAUACGGGAGCUCUGAGAUGUCUCGUUGAAGGUGGAGGAGAUAUUGCUUUUGUUAAACAUACAACCAUUUUGGAAAAUACGGCUGGAAAAAAUCCUGACUGGUGGUCCCGUCCCAUGAUGCCGGAUGAUUUCGAACUUCUCUGCCGUGAUGGUACCAGAGCUGCUUUUGACAUGCAUGAAUCGUGCAAUCUUGGGAAAGUUGCAUCAAAUGCAAUAGUAACUGAUAGGAUGAAGCCAGCUCAGUACAUAAAUGCAUAUAUAGAUUUAUUUCUUUAUGCUCAGCAAUAUUAUGGAUCAAAAUAUAGUGAAGAGUUUACUUUGAAAAUGUUUGUCUCAGAAGAUGAUUAUAGUGAUUUAAUAUUCCAAGAUGCUACUCAACAAUUGAAAAGGGUUCCUGAUGAAAAGCGUGACUAUAAACUUUAUUUAGGUCGAGAAUUUUUAUUGGAAAUGACUAUUGUUGAUUGUACUGCUGCGGCUGGGAAUGUGAUGUCCUCUAUCUUUAUCAUUCUCGUUUCAUUCAUAUUUCAUCUGUGGUGGAGUUUUGUAUGACAAAUGAACAGAAGCAUAGUCCUUCUCAUAUAGUUUUAACUAUAAUGAAUAUUUUAUAAGAAAAGUCACUUGCCAGUGGUGAAAUGUAUAAUAAUUUUUUUGUGGUGGUGAAUAGUUUUUUGAAUUUUUAUAAAGAUUUGCUGUCAUAGUCAUAUUUGAAGCAAUUUUCCACUAUUGAUUGCUGAAUCAAAAAACUGUUACAGAGUUAAAAUCUGAGUUUUAAUAAACAGUUGGUACAAAUGUAAUACUACCAUAUUUUAUUGUUAAUAGUGUUUAAAUUAUUUAUACACCAUUAUUUUCUCUAUAAUCAAAAUCAUGUUUGAAGCAUUGCCUAUAUGAAUUUAAUCAUUAUUUGAUACAAAUGGUUGCUUAAUUUAUUUCAUAUUUUAAUGAAAAAUAUAUUAUCUAAGAAUAUUCGCAGAAGUUAUUAUCUAAUCUAGGUAGCAAUAUGGUCUAUAUAAAUGUAUAAACCAUAUGAUUAAUGGAAUAAACUAGUGAUUAUGGAGGAAAAAAAAAGUCAUUUAACUUUGUGUGAUGUUUAAAAUAAGUAUUUGUUAUUUAACUUCUAUUUAUAUAACUGAUGAAUUACUUUUGCUAGUAAUCAAAACAUAAGAUCUGAAAAAUUUAUAACUAAUACAACAUUCUCUAAAUAUUUCAUUAAAAAAUUUCACUCUUAAAAUUUUAUUGUAAAUUGAUUCAAUACUAUUGUAAUUAAAAUUUUAUAUAAAAUAACUAAGAUGCAAAAUUAUUUUUUGAAAUUAGUGUGAAUGCAUUUUAAAGAAAGAUUUUGAGCAGAUAAUCAUUUUAGUUUAAAAUGAAAUUUAUUCGUUUAAAGUCCAAUUUGAUUUUUUACUUUUAAUUAUAAAAAAAGUGAAUAAUAUAUGCAUUUACUUUUGAUGAAGCUAUAACUUUUUGUUUUUCUUUAUUAAAAUUUUUUUUAACGUGUUCAUCAUUCAAUGAGAAUUUAUCCAUGAUCCAAGAAUGUUAUAUCAGUAGGUCUUAAUAAAUAAUAUAUAUAUAUAUAUAUUGAAAUGUGAUUAUUAUAUUAUCAGUUAAAAAAUAUAAUUAUUUAUUGGCAGAAGUUGUGCUAAUUUUAUUAUUGUCUAAAAGUUAUACUUAUUUAAUGGCAGAAGUUAUGCUAAUUAGUAUCAUUAAAAAUUUAAUUGAGAUUAAAUAUUUUUGCUAUGCAAACAAAAGUAUUUUGUAAUUACUUUUGUAUUAUAAUAUUCUUAAAACUUCUAUGAUCUUGGCUUCAGUUGAACUUAUACAAUAUUUAAUUCUCUUGAAAAAUUCUUAAUACACUCGUGUUUUGCAUGUUAUUUAUCCAAGCUGAUUAGUUUUAAUAAUUACUGUGAGAAAUUAUUUAAUUGCCUAUUGGUUUUCUAUCAAUUCUAAUCUAUAUUUGUAUUAAUGUCUAAAAAUAGCUUUUAAUCCAUUUGUUAUAAAUUAAUCAAUUUCUUGAUUAUAAAUAAUUAUAAAGUUAUAUUAUUUUCCUAAUUGUUUUUUUUUUUUUUUUAAUUAUUUAAAAAAAAUUUUGUAUGAUGAGUAAAAGAAUGAUGAUAAAACAUAUCUAUACCUUGUUAUAAUGUUAUGAAUAUUAGCAAAAUGUUAAAAUGGCUAAUAAUUUUAAUUAUUUUAUUUAAAUUGUUUACAUUUAUUUGAAUACUUUUGUAUUUAGUAUUAUUUGUGGAUAGUUGUCUACAUUAUUUUAUUAGUUGGGAAAAAACAAGUCAGAAAAUAUGUAUUGGUUUCAUAGGUCUUUGUAGUUCAUACAUUGUUGUAUUUUUGUUGCUUCAUAUGUUUUUUUGUAAUGUUUUCAUUUAAUAAUCACAUUAGUGUACUGUAAACUAAUAUUUGUUAUUUUUGUACUUAUGUGUUAUAAUUUUUACUUUAAAAUGUUUGAUUAUGUGAUAUUACUUGCAUUCCUUAUCAUUCCGUCCAAUUUACAGCUUGUAAAUAAUUUAUUUUUAUUUGUUUUCGAUAUUAUAUACCGGUGAUUGGGAUAUUUUUUUUUACACCUUAUUGAUGAUCUUGUAUUUAUUGUACUCUUGAAAUUGAUAACUUUUAUAUGAUUAUUAUUACAUGUGAAUUUAAGAAUCUCUUUAUAAAUUUAAAAUUCCAAGUUAUGUUAUUAAUUUUUACAUUUAUGCAUUAUGUUGUUACAAAAACUAUGCAAUAUAUUGUUUUAAGGAUACAUAUUAUUAUUUAAUGUGAAUUUGUGAAUCUCUUUAUGAACUGAACAUUCCAAGCUAUUUUAUUAUUUUUUCAUUAUUGCAUUAUAUUGUUACUAAGAAUAUUCAAUACAUUGUUUAAAGAUUGCAUGUUUUUAUUAUUAACUGUGAAUCUCUUUGUGAACUGAACAUUCCAAGCUAUUUUAUUAUUUUUUCAUUCAUGCAUUAUAUUGUUGCUAAUAAUAUUCAAUACAUUGUUUUAAGAUUGCAUGUUUUUAUAAUUAACUGUGAAUAUGUGAAUCUCUUUAUAAACUAAACAUUCCAAGCUAUUUUAUUGAUUUUUUUUUUAUUGUAAAUGCAAUAUAUUGUUAUUAAAAGUAUUUUUAUUUAUUUUUGUUAAA